CCUAGGGGAUUCCCUAUGGCGAGAUAGCCCAAGCUCACCAUGGGACAAUAAACAUUGUCAGCCUAUAGAAGGUCAUGCACCUGUCAAGAAAAUGAUCGAUCGACACUCUAGCCGCUCCGCUGAUGCUGGAAAUACAAGGUCAGUCCGGCCACCUCCCAUUGAGAACCAUGGCAAGAUCCGUACCCCCCGAGCUGCAGCUACGCCCCAGGAGGCUCACAACUUGUCCACCUCCUCAGUGUAUGAACAAACUCGGCGCCGUCGUUUAAUUCUCGAGGCUGAGUCGGAGGAGGAUGACCCGUUUCUACCCAUGCAUGACAUGGCUCAUACUAGCCCACUGGGGAAAUCGGAGAUGGCGGCUGGUAACUUUAGCCAACAUGCGAACAAAGUUGAGCUCAUACCACCACCUCAGAAGCCCGCUCGAGGAAUACGCACAUCGAUCCAGACUGCUCCACGUGAUGUGGGGGCUAGGAAGAAAGGCUGAGGAGACUUAGCAAAAAAAGGCUCGACUAGACUGCAGGCAGCAGCGAACAAGCCAACUGAUCUUGCUGAAGGAAAUUGGGUGGCAGUCCCAAUCAAAGUAGCUUCGGAUUUAAUUCCCGAAACUGAGCUUCCUCCACCAAGCUAUGAAAAUAAGAAGGGUUCGCCUGACUCGAGCCCGGACGAGAAUGCUCUCCUCUUUGAGCUGAAACGACGCAAUCCAAGGGAGUCACGUCCUUCUCAUCAAGCAAAACGUAGUCAUGUUAAGCGCGUGGUACAAGCCUUUGGGGCAGGAGUGAAUCUCGAUAAAUCAGUCGAGGAUAC